CACACUGCAAUAUUCAAAUGAUUAGAGUAAAAUAUGCAAGGUCAAUUUUAAAAUGGAAUCUUUAAAUAAUAAUAAUUUUUACUCCACCUCUUGCUCUGGAGAAGUUAGGCCACCGUAAAAUAUGAAUUUUAGUUACCAAAUUUCCCUAUAUGAAUAUAUUCAAAAAAGAUGCUCAAGUUAGAAAAAUCACUUCCCACUACCAAAACCCUAGGCACGUACUCAACAAAAGCCGGAAAAUCAACCAUGAAAAGUUCAUCGAUUCUGAUCUUUGUUCUUCUAAUGAUUUGUCUCAUUCACGGGAAGGAAGCGGUAGCAGUUCCAGAAGAGUGUCGUGCAGAGCUCUGUGAGUUUGCAAAAGUUCAUUUAGAUACCCGAUACCAGAACGUAAUGGGGAGUUGGGAUACCCUGCCCAAGAAAUGCGACGAGUUGUGCCUACAAAAGUUCCCCAAAUUCCCUGUGUUCGGACGCGUUUCCAAGUACUUUGUGUAUGACGAAAUAACGUGCUCAUGUUUCAAGGCUUGUGUCAUCAAUUGAUUGAGAGAUUCUCUAAUGACUUACUACUGCGCAUUCCAGCAAGCUCUCAAAUGGUGUAGUUGCUAAUUACAAUUUGUUUUUUUUUUUUUGGUAGAAAACAAGUUAGGGAUCGAUCUAGCCUGUGAAAAGAGAAAAGGUCAAUAAAUUUUUGUUUAGUCUAUAGAGAAAUGGAUGAGUGAUAUAUUCAUAUUUUGUACCUAGCCUACUUCGCAGCACAUCAAUGAUGGUACUUGUCAUUUUAAUUAUUUGGUUCGUCUCAAAACGAUCUUGAAAAAAGAAAUUGUGUGACUUUAC